CAUUCUGCCUACUGCUCGGCCCAUCCUGGAUCCUCCCUGUCAUCAUGCGUCAUUCCACCAUCAUGCCCGGUGGCUGGGAAGGCCAAUAUGUCAGACUUGAACGGUGAAUGAUCUUCCGCUCCCUUCCAGGCGCUUACCCGCAGGCAUUUUUGUGACUAUCAAUGGCAAUUGGAAGAGGCGCUGGAAAUCAGCCGUACGAGUACUAUCAUCUGAUGAUUCUGAAAUGUUGGGCGAUAUUGUGAUUUUGCCAUUACGCGAGGUACCUGAAUUAUCGGUGGAGAUCAGAGUAUUAUAUGAGCUCGGUCGAUUGCUAGGUAAUGGAGAAGCCGUUGGAAAACUCGAAACAGCGUGGGACGAGUUACUCGGUCAUGGAGAUGAGCCUUUCGAAUUGCCCUUCCCAUCCGUUUGUGGUGAUCACCCUUCUCUCACGCUGAAGGUCGCCGUCCUACAUCCUUGCGAAGAUCGUGAUGGUGCACUGUUUGGCUCCCUUGUAGACUGCGAGAUAGCUCGAGCCACCGAUGCGGGCCAUGCACGGCUUGCCGAUUACGUGACGGGCAAGACGGUCUCUCACUUGCACGAUGCUGUGGAGCAUUUUCAAUUGGUUCUGGACCAGUGUCCGGUCGACCAUCCCGACCGCGCAGCGGCUCUUUUCAACCUCGCAUCGGCCCGCCUUAUGGGCUACGUUCAAAAGGAUCUUCAAGAUAUCGAUUCUAGUAUAUCUCUAUUCCGCGAAGCCCUUACAUUGCGUCUGCAGGACCACCCCGAUCACAUAAUAUCACUCUGUUAUCUCGCCGACGCGCUAAUCCGGCGCUACUUCAAGGAGGACACCGCUGUCGACCUCCAUGAAUCCAUACAACUGUCCUCCAAGUUACUGCCCCUCUGUCCAGAGGGCACCUGUUUUCGUUACAUUGCGGUAAUGGCAAAUGGCGUUGAUACUGUGAUCAGCGAUAGCAUCCAAUUUCAGCGAAUCGGGCUCGAGUUCUAUCCUCCGGGCCAUACAGGCCGUCCGAGAGCAGUCGACAAACUUUCGCUGGAUCUCAGAACACAUUUUGCGCAAUGCGGCAGCAUUGAUGAUAUAGACGAGAGCAUUCGACUUCGUCGUGAGGUCGUUUCUCAAUGCCCCGAAGGACAUCCCAGCCGUGAUGCCUCCCUGGAUAACUUGGCCUCCCCACUCCUGUCUCGCUUCGAGUUCCAAGGCAAAUCCGAUGACCUCAACGAGGCCAUCUCUCUAUUUGCAGAAGCGCUAAGCCUGCGCCCUGUUGGGCACGAAUUUCGUGACUGCACAUUGGAUAACCUAGGAAGAGCCCUUCUUACCUAUUCAAAUCAAUAUGCUGGCGAUAUCAACCUAGUUACCAACCCCUACCGAGUUAUCAUCUUCGACCGCGCUAUCAGCCUCCAUCGCGAGGCGUUGACGCUGCGCCCACCUGGGCAUUUAUAUCACGAUACCGCGCUUAACAACCUUGCCGUCGCACUCGCAGCCAGAUAUAACAAUUUGCAUGUCACCGAGGAUCUUGACGAGGCCAUCAGUCUCUCUCGCGAAUCGCUUCGGUUAAGGCGGCAUGAUCAUCCCGAGCGCCAUAGAAAUCUUUUGAAUUUGAGCUCGGCGCUCUGCUCUCGUUUCAUGCAAAUUCAAGAGAAUGAAGAUGUCGAGGAGGCCAUUCGACUCUGCCAAGACUCUUUGGAGGCUUUGCCUACAUUGCACCCUGACAGACAUUUCAGCUACACGUGGCUACAGCAGGCUUAUUUGUCUUGUUACCGAGUGCGGCACAACGUCGCCGAUCUGUCAUUCGCAGUGGAAAAUUUCAGACUGGCAUCAGGACAUGCCACUCAAGGCUUGCCGCAGCGCAUCAGUGUGUCAUAUAGCUGGGCUGUUGUGGCUGAGCAGUAUGAUCAUGGAUCUGCACUGGAGGCUUACUCGACAUUUUUUGAGCUUUUGAAUGCGCAUUUGGCGACACGGUGAUCAACAACUUUACGGCGUGAAGCUGCUGCCGCUUUCCGUUAUGCCAGAUCACUACCUGUAGAUGCAACCUCAUGCACAUGUGCCAUCCGCCAUGGCAAUCUACGAUACGCAGUCGAACUUGUGGAGCAGGGUCGUGGCCAACAGUGGUCAUUGGCCUC